CGCGCAGUGCGGGGAGUCGGCUUUAGGACCCGGUGAAGUGACGGAGGGCGGCUCGGCUCCUCUCAUCUCCCGUCCGCGCGCUCGCGCUCGCGCUCCUCUCCACUCUGCGUGUGAAGUGCGCUCGUAUCAGUGCCCGCGCGAGGCGAACAGCGGCAGCAGGGGAGCAGCGCACGCUUUCAGCGCGAGCCCUCACCGAUGCGAGGAACCCGUAGGCGCGCGCACGGGCGGCGAGCAUGUGAGACAGUCACCGGCAAGAAUGGAUCAAAGGAAGUACCGCCGCGCGCUGACCCCGCUUCUCCUUCUCCUGCACGCGCUGGACUUUACAUCCGGGCAGUUCUUUCCAGGCAGCUGUUCGUUUGAGGAGCACUACAGUAAGUGUGGGUACAGCGUGGCUCUGGGGACCAAUGGCUUCGCCUGGGAGCAAGUCAACACCUGGGAGAGGCCUACUAUGGAUGCUGCCGUUCCCACAGGUUCCUUUAUGAUGGUGAACGCGUCCGGCCGCGCGUCCGGCCAGAAGGCCCACCUCCUCCUCCCGACUCUCAAAGAAAACGACACGCACUGCAUCGACUUUCACUACUCCCUCUCCAGCCGGGACGGCCGCAGCCCCGGAUCCCUGAAUGUCUACAUCAAGGUGGACGGUGGGCCGCAGGGGAACCCCAUCUGGAACGCCUCUGCACCGGUCACCGAGGGCUGGGCCAAGGCCGAGUUGGCCAUCAGCACCUUCUGGCCCAACUCCUACCAGGUCAUUUUUGAGGCAGUGUCCGUGCAAGGGCAUCCCGGCUUUAUCUCAGUGGACGAGAUUCAUGUCUUGGCUCACCCAUGCCGGAAGACGCCUCAUUUCCUCCGGCUGCAGAAUGUGGAGGUGAACGUGGGCCAGAAUGCGACAUUCCAGUGCAUCGCAGGGGGCAAGUGGUCACAAGAGGACAAGCUGUGGCUUCAGCAAUGGAAUGGGAAGGACACAUCUCUGAUGGUCACUCGCUCAGUGAACCAGCGCCGGUUCUCCGCCAUCGUCCGCGUGGCCGACACGUCCCAACGUGGCACUAGCCGCUACCGCUGCGUGAUCCGCUCUGACGGCGGCUCAGGAGUGUCCAACUACGCCGAACUGAGCGUGAAAGCUCCUCCGACUCCAAUCGCCCCUCCUGAGCUGCUGGCGGUCGGCGCCACCUACCUGUGGAUCAAGCCAAAUGCUAACUCCAUCAUCGGCGAUGGGCCGAUCAUCCUCAAGGAGGUAGAAUACCGCACGACCACUGGAAACUGGGCAGAGACGCACAUCGUGGACGCGCCCACUUACAAACUGUGGCAUCUGGACCCGGACGUCGAGUACGAGAUUAAGGUUCUCCUGACUCGGCCCGGAGAGGGAGGCACCGGACCCCCGGGACCGCCACUCAUCACACGCACCAAGUGUGCAGAUCCAGUGAACGGUCCUCAGAAUGUGAAGGUGGUGGACGUCCGUGCGAGGCAGCUGAGGCUGGAGUGGGACCUGUUCACCUACGCUGUGACGCGCUGCCACAGCUUCAACCUGACGGUGCAGUACCAGUACGUCUUCAAUCAGCAGGAGUUUGCCGCUGAGGAGCUGAUCCCCACCUCCUCCCACUACAUCCUCAGAGGACUGCGGCCUUUUGUGACCGUGAGGCUCAGGCUGGUGUUGGCCAACCCAGAGGGCAGCAAGGAGAGCGAGGAGAUCGUCAAACAGACCGAGGAGGACGUGCCCGGUCCGGUUCCUAUGGAGUCCAUCCAGACUGGCCCAUACGAGGAGAAGAUCUUCAUGCAGUGGAAGGCUCCCAAUGAGACCAACGGCAUCAUCACUCUUUAUGAGAUCACCUAUAAGGCCCUCAGCUCUCUGGACCCCAGCGCUGACCUGAGCACUCAGCAUGGCCGAGUCUUCAAGCUCCAGAACGAAACUCACCAUCUGUUUGUGGGACUUUACCCUGGCACCACCUACUACUUCACCCUGAAGGCCAGCACCAGCAAGGGCUUCGGACCACCCGUCACCACCCGCAUCGCCACAAAGAUCGCAGCUCCGUCGAUGCCUGAAUACGAGACCGACUCUCCUCUCAACGAGACAGAAACCACCAUCACUGUCCUGCUGAAGCCCGCCCAGUCACGGGGAGCCCCCGUCAGCGCGUACCAAGUGGUGGUUCAGGAGGAGCGGAAGCAGAAAGUCCGGCGGGCGACUGAUGUCAUUGAGUGUUUCUCCGUCCCCGUGAGCUUCCGGAACGCCUCCAUCCUGGACUCGGCGCAUUAUUUUGCGGCUGAGCUCUCCCCAGUUAGCCUGGCGGUGGUGCAGCCCUUCACCAUCGGGGACAACAAGACCUAUAACGGUUACUGGAACGCGCCGCUGUCUCCCGCCAAAAGCUACAGCAUUUACUUCCAAGCCCUGAGCAGGGCCAACGGGGAAACCAAAAUCAACUGUGUGCGACUGGCUACCAAAGUGGUAAUAGGUAGGGGACAAAAUACCACGCCCUACAUACUUGUCAUUCCCAGUGAAGGUGCAUCCACCCAGAACUCCAAUGCUGUGGAACCUGAGAAGCAGGUGGACAGCACAGUAAAGAUGGCCGGGGUCAUUGCUGGCAUCCUCAUGUUCAUCAUCAUCCUCCUGGGUGUGGUCCUCACCUUCAAACGCAGAGAAAUCCACACCUGGAGAACUCUGAGUGUGGGAAGAAAUGCGUAUUCCUACUCUUACUAUCUGAAAUUGGCUAAGAAACAGAAGGAGACCGCCAGCAGCAGCACUCAGAGAGAGAUGGGGCCGGUCGGCACGGCGGACAAAAGCACCGGCAAAGUCAGCACUCUGCACAAGGACGACCCUUUCUCCACCAGCAACCAGGACCUCAACGGAUUCGCCUCCUCGUCUCCCUGCUCCUUCUCCGUCCAGGGCAAGACGCUGCAAAGUAAAUCACUCCUCAACUCUUACUACUCAGUGUCCAAGGACCCGGUUCCUGCCACCACGUCUAUAGAUGGCAGUCACAGCGAGAUGUCCCAGCCAUCGCUGACCAUUCAGACGUAUCCGUAUGGAGGAUGUGAGUCGGUGGAGAUGUCCUACCAGGCAGGCCAGUUCCAGCCAGCCAUCCGUGUGGCUGACCUUCUGCAGCACAUCACCCAGAUGAAGUGUGGCCAGGGCUAUGGGUUUAAAGAGGAGUAUGAGGGUCUGGCGGAGGGACAAACUGCCCCGUGGGAGACGGCCAAGAAAGACGAGAACCGCAACAAGAAUCGCUAUGGCAACAUCAUUGCUUACCCCACAGAUGAUCACACUCGAGUCCGGCUGCAGGCCCUGGAGGGAGACCCCCACUCAGACUACAUCAACGCCAACUACAUAGACGGUUACCACCGGCCGAGGCAUUACAUCGCUACGCAAGGACCCAUGCAGGAGACGGUGAGAGAUUUCUGGCGGAUGAUUUGGCAAGAGAACUCCGCCAGCAUUGUCAUGGUAACCAACCUGGUGGAAGUGGGCAGGGUGAAGUGUGUGCGCUACUGGCCUGACGAGACGGAGGUUUACGGCGACAUCAAAGUGACUCUGAUUGAGACGGAGCCUCUGGCCGAAUACGUCAUCCGCACCUUCACAGUCCAGAAGAAGGGGCAUCACGAGAUCCGUGAGAUCCGACAGUUUCAUUUCACCAGCUGGCCCGAUCACGGCGUGCCCUGCUAUGCCACCGGCCUACUCGGCUUCGUCCGCCAGGUCAAGUUCCUCAACCCUCCAGACGCCGGUCCGAUAGUGGUCCACUGCAGCGCUGGGGCUGGAAGAACAGGCUGCUUCAUCGCUGUGGACAUCAUGCUGGACAUGGCGGAGAACGAAGGCGUGGUGGACAUCUUCAACUGCAUCAGAGAGCUGCGCUCGCAGAGGGUCAACAUGGUCCAGACUGAGGAGCAGUAUGUGUUUGUGCACGAUGCCAUCCUGGAAGCCUGUUUGUGUGGCAACACAGCCAUCCCUGUGUGUGAGUUCAGGGCUAUCUACUACAACAUCAGCAGACUGGACCCUCAGACCAACUCCAGCCAGAUCAAAGACGAGUUUCAGACGCUGAACAUCGUGACUCCACGCGUUCGGCCUGAAGACUGCAGCGUGGGCCUCCUCCCCCGUAACCACGAUAAGAACAGGAGCAUGGAUGUCCUGGCGGUCGACCGCUGCCUGCCUUUCCUCAUCUCGGUGGACGGCGAGUCCAGCAAUUACAUCAACGCUGCACUGAUGGAUAGUCAUAAACAACCAGCGGCCUUCAUUGUGACGCAGCACCCGCUGCCCAACACAGUGGCCGACUUUUGGAGGCUCGUGUUCGACUACAACUGCUCCUCCAUUGUGAUGCUAAAUGAAAUGGAUGCUGCACAGCUGUGCAUGCAGUACUGGCCCGAGAAGAGCUCAUGCUGCUACGGCCCGAUCCAAGUGGAGUUCAUCUCCGCCGACAUCGAUGAGGAAAUCAUCAAUCGGAUCUUCAGAAUCUGCAACAUGGCCCGGCCACAGGAUGGCUACCGGCUGGUCCAGCACUUCCAGUUCCUCGGCUGGCCGGCGUACAGAGACACCCCACUGUCCAAGCGCUCCAUUCUGCAGCUGGUCAGACGGCUGGCCAAGUGGCAGGAGCAGUACGAUGGGGGAGAUGGACGCACUGUGGUCCACUGCCUGACUGGUGGAGGGCGAAGCGGGACGUUCUGCGCCAUCUGUAGCAUCUGUGAGAUGAUUCAGCAGCAGAACAUCAUUGACGUGUUCCAUACAGUGAAGACGCUCCGAAACAACAAGGCCAACAUGGUCGAGACGAUGGAGCAGUACAAGUUCUGCUAUGAGGUAGCUCUGGAGAGCCUCAGCUCCUUCUGAGUGAGGGAGAAGCCAAGAGGUGAAGAAGAGAAAGAAGAGAGGAAGAGCAGAUGUCGCCUCUGAACGCCACCUUUCAGACUCCUCUGGGUGCCUCCCUUUCUUCUGUUAAGGGCGCGGGAGGCAGAAACAGAGAGAGAUCACACCCUCGUUGGGAUUUUGUGUAAAGUAUUGUAUAAAGAAGUUAUGAAUGAAAAAAAUACAAAAACAACCUCUAUUGGCCAUUUCUCUCCAUUUAUUUUUGUCAAUGUCCAGCAUCGAAGCCUGAAUCCUGGACCGUGAAGUGAUCUUGUACAGUUCUUUUCCUAUUUCGAUAUAUGCCUUGAAUGUUGUCCCAUUAAUGUAGAGGAAAAAAAAAAAACAACAACAUGGAAAACGGUGAAAAAAAAAUCUUUCUAUAUGCCAGCUGAGGAGAACCAAAUAGACUUUUCCUAAGCUUCUGUACAGCUUCUGAAGAAAGAGGAGUCAGUGCUUCAGUGCUUAAAUGAGUUUGAAAAGAAGCUUGAUAUUUUUGUUAUUCUGGCGGUUUUCGUGGUUCCUGUCUCUUUCGUGCAUCCUCACGCUGUCUGCUUAAUCAUGGACACUGAGAGCCUGCAAACGUUGCAGGUGGCAGGUUUUCAGCUGAACUCUUUGUUGAAGCUUGGACCUCUUCUGAGCUUUUGUUUUAUAGCUCGAGUGCGUUCUCAGCAGCUGUAGCUCUGAUACCUUUCCACUGUUCCUUCUGGGGACUUCUGUUCCGGUGUUACGGGAGUGACGUGAACAGUGAAACUUCAGUUUGACUGUUUCUGGAGAGUCUUUCAUUGAAUCAUUUGCACUUUACUUUGCAUGUCUUUUACCUCCAAAUCCGAAAUGUAUUUGUGGAUCUUGUUGAUUUUGAAGUGCCAUAUUCGACUGCAACCAAAUUACAGAUCAUGGGACAAACAAAUACAGUGGAAAUGUACAGAUGGGUGACAAAUUAGAGGAAAAAAACUAAAUAAACUACUAAGUUGGGAAACAUAACCUGCUUCUAGCAUGAUGCAGUUAACCUCCAGGGAAUUAAGGGCAUUUUCCUGAUUCUUGUUAGAUUGUUUUGGUGCUUGAAUUGGGUUUAACAAAGUCAGUAGUGGACUAAGUAGCAAACUAGUAGAUAAAUGUUCUCUUCAUCGAACUUUUUACACACCUCUCGCGUCUUUGUCUGAGGUGAGGGUUUCCAGCGUGAUGGUCAGUCCUUAGUGAUUACCUGAGUGUCCAUUGGUCAGUUUCACUCAGAAUGUAGACGGAUAUAUGAGCCCACAAACUCCACACGGUGAGAGGCAGAUGACGUGUAUCUCAGCCCCUCUUCAUAGGCUCAUAACUCUGGAUGUGAGUUUCAUAUGAUCUCGAGAUUAGAUGGAGCGGAAAGAGCGGCUCUACAGUUUGAACUGGAUUUCUGAGCUGAAUCCUCGCAAAGAUAUUAAUAGAAACACCAAGAAACAUUUCAUUUGACUUGGCAGCAUGUUCGUCGACCCCAGAGGAUUAAGCAAUUCCACCAUGCCAUGUAGCAGGCUGGUAAAUACUAUCCUCCACUUGGGUUUAAGAUGAUCAAGAGGGAAAGAUCUAAGCGAAUUUUCAGGGUUCGGAUGGAAGCUCAACACUGCUCAACUGGCCCCCAGUGUUUCAACAGGAGCAGUGCCUAAAGUGACCUCUGCUUUAAGAUCUAUGGGAAAGACAUCAGUAAAAAGGGCUGGGAAUGGUGAGCAUGAUGCUUGUCCAUUACUGAGAGAGAAUGUCAAUGCCAGCGAGAACAAUCCAUCCACAACUACAUAGAAGAGGAUAUUUUAGUAGAGCUGCAGUGCAUAAGCCCCUCAUUACAAAGACCCAUGACCAUCUGAAAGGUUGGUGGUUUAAAAACCAUAAGCACUACUUUAUAGAGAGGUGGAACCAGUCAGGUAAGUCCCUCUUCACCAAAUUCCCCACAAGUGGGUGAGAGCAUGUGCAGCGUACACCAGGCGAACAGUACGGGCUUGAAUGCCUACAUGCGAAGGGAGCGAAUAAGUGGCAUUAAGAUUAGGAUUGGAGUAUAAAAUAAUACAAAUCACUUGCUGUGGUCUUCAUAGUCAUCAAAUCUUGACCCAAUUGAGCACCUCUGGGCGUGAUGUUUGCUCGCAUUCUCCACCACCAUCGACAAAACACCAACAGAGGGACUCAUUUAGAAAAGCUCUGUUCCACCUCUUCAGUACAGUUCCAAAAACAUGUAGAAUCUAUGCCAAGCUGUUCUUUACACUUCAUGUUGGUUUUCCCUUUAACUUGUCACCUGCCUAAAUCUAGUAAACACCAAGGCCAGUUUAAAACAGGUACCCAAAUGAAGAGUUUGCGUGACGUUUUGGUCGAGAAGCUUUCUUUUUCCCUCAGCAUUCUGACAGACAAUCCCUGGUUGUCUUGAUUUUUUCAUGUGCAAGCAAAUCAGAUCUUUAGGUCAUUAAGUGUUUUGCACGAAAACUGUGACUCUAUUUUCAUUUUUUUCUACGGUACUUCACAGAAAAUUGCCAGAAUGUUAUUUCUUGUCACAAACAAUGAAGGAAUGACAAUUUCCACCUGAAGUUGAGUCGGUAUGCUUUGUUUGGGCAGAGAAGAAAUUAAAAUAAGAAAAAAAUAGGUUAUGGUUUGACAAUGUGAAUGAUUUUGAUUAUCUUUUGUUGACCUCGUCACUGAAGGUUUCAUAACUGCACUGUGUUUAUUCUUUCUCUUUUUAGUUCUCUGCUUUUAUUGUAUUUGUACAUUUUUAUUUGUCAUUUCUUUGUCUAGCAAAGUGAUAUUUUAGACUUGGUGAUUCAGUUGCCAUGGUGGUUCUGUUGUUCGAAGUUGUGAUAACACCAAUAAAGGGACCAAAAUGUUGAA